AUGGCCGACGAGCGCGACGAGCUGGUCGCCUUGGUAUCGCGGGGUUCGAGGCUGGACUUGGGCACCAGAUUCGAGUUCGUAAAUUCGGCGGCGUACGGAGACUUGGGGGAUCAGUUCUCGAUGGUGGUGCUCAUGUCUGGCAUUGGCGUGAUACUGGCAGAGAAGAAGUCACUGGGAGACUGCGUCGACGCACUGGAGAUUUCUACACGUCGCCGGCCGAUGCUAAUAAGGGCUUCGUUGGUGGAGAAAGAGGCGCGCGAUGCUAGGGACUGGCUUAACACGAUGGACUUGCUAGAGGAUUGCCAGAUCCACCGGGACGUCACGACCUGGUCCAGCCAUUGCGAGAAUACAGAGAGACCUGCAACUCCCCAGCACGCCCAGAUCAUCCAGAUCGCCUCGUCCCCUGUCAACGUCAAUGCGAAAUGCCACUCUGAUCUCAGGACGGCGCACUGCCUCGAAUCGUAG